AUGGACUUGGGACUCGGACUCGGUACCCCCUCGGACUCGCCCAUGCCUGGCUUGUAUAUAUUUCAGAUAGUUCCCGGUCAUAUUGCCAAGGAUUGUACGCAACCGGAUAGUGCAUCAGGUGGUGGUGGUGGUGGCGGUUACGGCCGCGGCGGACGAGGUGGUUAUGGAGGAAACAGACAAGGAGGUCGUGGUGGCGGCGGUGGUGGCGGAUCUAGUUACAGUGGCGGUGGCGGUGGCGGUGGUGGUGGAAGUGGACGAUGUUUCCGCUGCAAUCAAACCGGUCACUUUGCGCGUGAUUGUACGAGUGAUAACAAUCAAACUGUCUGUUAUAAUUGUAAUCAACCCGGUCAUUUUUCACGCGAUUGUACAGAACCAAAAUCAACUUCAAAUAAUAGUUAUGGUGGUGGUAGUGGUGGUGGGCAUAUUGCUCGUGCAUGUACGGAAGGUGGUGCUCAAUCAAAUCGAAAUGGUCAAGGUUCGCAACAUGAAGACGAAGCUGAUUCUUGA